CAGUUGGCGUGGCCUGGCGGUAGGACAGCUCGCAGCUUUUGGGUGUUUUCGGUGUUAGGGCUGCGGCCGAAACUCUACAACACCGAUUUCACCGCAAGCUACUCACGAUGGAGGCCAGAAGAGCGGAGUUAGAACGGAAACGCCAGAAGUUAGAGCAGCUACGUAUGGAACGGCUGAAGAAAAAGGAGGAAAAGGAGAAGAAAGACAGCAGGUUGAAUGACGUUGACGACGGGUCAAAAUCGAGGUCGGACCAUGCCAUCGACCCUGAUGAGUUGUUGUCAUCGUUGGGGAUAACGUUGACGCGAGAUUUGAGCGUAAGCAGCGUGUCAACGCCUCCGACGGGCUCGCCGAACGCGAGCAGCACUGCCUCCAGCCUCGACCACCAGUCCCUACCGGCGCUACAAGAGCCUCAGCAGCAGCCGGCGCCGACCAAGGCUCAAAAGAAACCUAAGCUGAGCAUCUGCACGGUGCACCAGACCAACAUACCACCCCGGGAGAAUGUCACAUACAACAAGCAGACGCAGACGGCCCCGUCAGGAGAAAGAGAUGGCUCUUUAACAUCUUCCCCUAGAGAGCAUGGGAAUUUUUUCAAGACCCGGAAAGCAUCAGAACCAGCUGGAAAAUCCGCCCACCCACUGGAUUACUACGUGAUACAUUGGGAUGAAGACGACGGUCACUUUGUUUUUCCUACCGCAAUAGAGUGGGAUGACGAGUUUCAAGUGUUGGCUUUUGGGGACGUCCUAGCGGAGGAAGACGGCUCCUCACUGGGAGCAGUGGUGGAGGGAGCGCUACCCCUGCAUGAGCCACACCAGCACAAGGUGACAGGUCUGCCCCACAUCGAGCCUGUGCGGCCUGCCCAGACGCCUGCUGAGGGAGCUGCUGAUGGGCACCGACCAUCUGUGGAGCAGGACAAGCCUAAAGUGCCUCGUGAACUGAGCGAGGAGGAAAGGCAGCAGAUUCUUCUGAGUGAUGACUUCCGUAGCUUCCUAGCUCGCUCUUCACGUGUCAUUGAGCGAGCGCUAUGCGAGAAUGUGGACAUAUGCAUCGACUACAGUGGUACGACAGAAGAGCAGGACAGUGAUGACAAAAGUGGCAUCAAGUUGUCCCUGAACAGGGUGUUCGCAGACGAUCGGUGGUCCAAGAACAGGAUUGUCACCAGCUUCGACUGGUCUUCACAGUUUCCGGAGCUUCUCGUGGCAUCAUAUGGGAACAACUACGACUCUCCGAAUGACCCUGAUGGCGUCUGCCUUGUAUGGAACAUGAAAUUCAAGAAAACCACACCUGAGUAUAUCUUUCACUGUCAGUCUGCAGUGGUGUCAGCAUGCUUUGCCAAGUUCCACCCGAACCUCAUCAUUGGAGGCACCUAUUCUGGCCAGAUUGCACUUUGGGACAACCGGAAUAACCGGCGAACGCCCGUUCAGCGGAGUCCUCUUUCGGCCGCCGCACACACACACCCUGUCUAUUGCGUCCAAGUAGUCGGUACACAGAACGCGCACAACCUCGUCAGCGUAUCCACAGAUGGCAAGUUCUGUACCUGGAGCCUUGACAUGCUGUCAGCACCGCAGGACGUGCUGGAUCUGACACAGCAGAAGCAGUCACGUGCCAUUGCGGUCACCUCCCUCUCAUUCCCCAUAGGUGACUGCAACAACUUCAUCGUAGGCAGUGAGGAAGGUGCCGUCUAUACAGCAUGUCGGCACGGCACCAAAGCAGGCAUCCUGGAGGCAUUUGAAGGCCAUCAAGGUCCCGUGACAGCAGUGCAUUCACACGGCUGCCAGAGCCAAGUGGAUUUGUCACACCUCUUUCUGACAUCUUCUUUCGACUGGACUGUCAAGCUCUGGAGCCUGAAGGAGUCCAAGCCCAUCUACUCAUUUGAAGACAAUGGGGACUAUGUUUAUGAUGUCAGAUGGUCUCCUGUGCACCCAGCACUGUUCGCAUGCGUUGAUGGCACAGGGCGACUCGACCUGUGGAAUCUCAACAACGACACAGAGCUCCCCACAGUGAGUGAAGUGGUGGAUGGAAGCCCUGCACUGAACAGGGUCAUCUGGACACCUUCAGGACACCAGGUGGCAGUGGGUGACGACGCUGGGAAAGUGUGGGUCUACGACGUUGGGGAGCAACUGGCUGUGCCAAAGAGCGACGAGUGGUCCAGGUUUGUGCAGUCUCUUCAGGAGCUGAAGAACAACCAGGCUGACCAGGAGCUCGACAGCUUCAACCUGGCGCCUACAACAGUGACUCUGUCUUCAUCCGCACCGCUUUCCUCUUACGCCUGAUUGAUGUUCUCUUUGUGCGGGAACACCUGGAGGUGCCAUUUUGCAGCGACCACCAACCACACUGCUGUGCAGCUAAUUUAUGCUAUCGCAUGCAACGCUGUUAUUUAAGAAGCCUGUUGGAGGGGGGGUGCAGAAGGAACACACAUUUUUGUUACCAUUCUUCUUCUUUGUUGCUCAUGCGGCUGAAAGAAUGUGGAAAGAGGUGAAGGUUCUGCUCAAGUUACAGAACCCGCGUGUGUACACAUGUACAGAGUAGGCAACAUUUCUAUAGAGAGAGAGUAAAUUAAAACUCAACGUGCAGCAACCUUGGUUGCAGUCCCUGUUUUUAUCCCUUUCCUUGUGUUGCACAACCCCUUUCAUGUGCAUAAGUAUGGGUGGCGCUAUCGCUUGUUCCGGUGGCCUGUAUUAAAGGGGUAAUUGUGUAGCAUUUAUAAAUAAAGCUAUGAUGUGCAA